AUGUCUCUUCUAGACAUGCCGCAGCAGCGGCGACUGCUGCUGCUACCUCUGCUGCUGCUGCUGCUGCUGCUGCUGCACAAGGAGAGUGUGGCGGGACCUGCAGCAAGGUCCCUGUCGUCUGCUGCAGCCCGCCGUGCUCCAGCAGCAGCAGCAACAGCAGCAGCAGCAGCAGCAGCACCUCCACUGUUCGACGAAGACGUUGUUCCUGCUGCUGUGCAUGCAUUCCUGCAGCAAGAGAGCAGCGACAGCAGCAGCAGCAGCAGCAGCAACAGCAGCACGGGUCCGCAGCUCGUAGCAUCUGUAGGCAGCAACAAUGCAGCAACACAGCAAGCUGUUUACUCGCUCAUGUAUGAAGAGCUGGAGCACCGGCUGCACCGGCUGCAGCAGCAGCAGCAGCAGCAGCAGCCACAAGCGCUGCCGCAGCACGGAGAGGAGGCAGGCUCCUUCGCUGUUAUGAAGAAGCUGCGCAACGCGAUGGAUCGGCUGUCUCUGCUGCAGCUGCAGCAGCAACACCAGCAGCAGCAGCAGGAUGACGAUGCAGCCGCUUCAAACGGGUCAACACCCCCAGAGGCGGCGGAGACUGCGGAUGAUCAAACGCACCAGCAGCAGCAGCAGCAGCAGCAGGAGCAGCACGAGGGUCUUAUAUUCGUGCGCCAGUACUUGACGGAGACUACAGCCACCGCGGCUAUGAAGAUAGCACAGUCAAUAGAGAAAUCUGCUGCUGCUGCUGCUGCUGCUGCUGCUGCUGCAGACGAUGAGUCUGGGCACCACACGCACUUCCCUGGGGUGCGUGAGGCUCGAUUUGCUGCAGCUGCCAGAAGCAGAAGCAGCAGCAGCAGCAGGAGAGUGGCUGGGCUACCUACUACGCAUGCACGGAGAGACGUACAGAAUGCGCUUUUGCUUUCUGCUUUAAGUGCUGUCUUCUCGCGGGAGCGGAUGAGGAGACAGUCUCUGCUGCUGCAGCAGGGAGGUGAAGCAGGUGCUGCAGGGUAUGUACUGGCUGACUCGUGCAUUGCUAUCGACUUCAGGAAGGCAGUCAGAGCAGCAGCAGCAGAAGCUGCUACUGCUGCUGAUGCUGAUGCUGAUGCUCAUGAUGAUGAUGGUAGUCAUGGUGCAGCAGCAGCAGCAGCAGCAGCAGACGCAGACGCAGCAGAAGAUGGGGAGACAGUCGAACGCUCUGCAACGGCAGCAACUGGCGCGACGUCAGCAGCAGAAACAGAAGCAACAGCAGCAACAGCAGCAACAGCAGCAACAGCAGCAGCUUCUAUAGGUAACGGUCGAUAUGAUUCUGAGAAUAAUAGCUGUAGCUGUCCCUCUGGCUGGCUUCCCUGCGCUCGUGAUGAGGCUUUAACUGUCUCCUACGGUUGGAGACAAACACUGCAGCGGGUCUGCGCUGAAGAGCAGCAGCAGCAGCAGGAAGCACAGCAGGAAGCGCAGGAGGAGGGGCAGGAGCAACCGCAAGAGCAGCAGCAGCAACAGCAGCAGCAGCAGCUAGUGGUCCGGGCCUAUACAAAGGGCCUUUACUCUUUUGACUGCAGCGGCAACCAGGUGUCUCCUCCAUCAGCAGCAGAAGGAGACAGCACUUGUGCUGCUGCUGCUCUCGUCUUGUGUAGGGAAGAGCAGCCCCGCUGCGGCCUCAGCGAGUGGUCGGAGUGGUCCAGCUGCUCUGCGCCGUGCGGCUCGGGGCAAUCUUAUCGCUUUCGUAGACCUUUAUUGCAGGUAGAGAGAGAGGAGACAGCUGACGAAGACGAAGGAGACAAACUGUCUCCUUUCUUAGCCCCGAAGAGCUGCUUGCCUUAUCAUUUGGAGGAAAGGAGACAGUGCAAUGCGGAGACACCUUGCCCCUCUGUUGUACACCCUGAACCCUGCUUCUGGGCUUAUGCAGACUCCACCGAGCCUCAGAGUGUGUACACUAAAGGGACAUGUCUCUGUACGUUGGAGCCAGGUGAAGAAGGGGAGACAGCUGCUGCUGCUGAGCAUAAGGAGACAGUAGAGUCUUCUCUCGUUGCCUGCAGUGCAGCAGAAGCAGCAUUUAGCUUCUCACAGUGGAGACAGCAGCUGGUGCAGUACUGCUUCAGCUCCCUUAAACUCGCCAGCAAGCCCCACCAUGUCAGAGGGUUUGGUGUAUUUGAUGCUUCGUCUAUGGCUUCAUUCUGCGGAAGGGGACAGCCAAUGUUGUGCAGGCGCAGCAACAGCAGCAAAGCUGUCGUACCCUUUGGUGUUGAUGCAUAUGGAGACAUUGAGCUAUCAGCGCUGCAGCAAACAUUUUCGUUUGCUGCUGGGGAAGCCCUAGAGGAGACAGAAGAGUUUGGGGGCUCAUGGCUGGGUCUGCUGCUGGGGGCCUCUCUUGCUGCGCUGCUGCUGCUGCUGGCAUACCUUCGCAAGCGGAAGCUGUCUGCCUUCAUUAAGGAGACACUGCGUCCUGUAGCAGCUGCAGCAGCAGCAGCAGCAGUUGACGCGGCUGCCGCUGCUGCUGCUGCAGCUGCUGCUGCUGCUAAAUGUGCCACACAGAGGAGCAGCUGGGAGGCAGCUGCAAGGUUCGUAUACACUCGAGCAGCAGCAGCAGUUGCUGCUGCUCCAAGAGUUGCUGCUGCUGCACCCAAGGCUGCUGCUAAUGCAUUCAAGGCUGCUGCUUCUGCACUGAAGUCUGCUGCUGCUGCUGCGCCAAAGGCUCCUGCUGCUGCUGGUGAGUGGCUAUACACCACAGGCGAGCGUAUUGCUGCUCGCUUGGGGUUAAUAAAGUGCAGCAGCGGCAGUAGCAACAACCCCUACAGCAGCAAGAGGGUUCUUAUCAGCAGCCCCGAUCCAAGCAGCAGCAGCAGCAGCAGCAGCAGCAGGAGGGGCAGCACAGAUAGUUUAAGCGACAGCGACAGCAGCAGUUGGAGCCUGCUGCCCCCCCCUGAAGCAAAGAAGAACUCAAAGACAAAGAAGAAGUCAAGCUAG